UGCGUGUAUGCGCGUGUAUGCGCGUGUGUGCGCGUGUGUGCGUGUGUGUGCGUGUGUGUGCGCGCUUGCGUGCGCACCCUGGUGGUUCUCUUCCCCCUCUUGCAUCCCUCCUCCACUCCGGGAAGAUUUUUAAAAAAGGUUUAGUCAUCUUGCGCGCAGGCGCGAGCUACACUGCGCCCGGGUCGGGACGUCUUAUCUCGCUCAGCGAAGAUCCUAGAUUUCCGAUACUUUCGGAGACGAGGACUCGGCAAUCGUCGCCUCAGCCCCUGGACGAGUAGCGGGUGCGCAGGCGCGAGACUCCCCGGUUGAAAGCAGGGGAGCUAGGGCCGGCGCGGUGCCUUGUGGGAGGGCUUAGGGGAGCAAAAUGGCGGACCUGGCGAACGAAGAAAAGCCUGCCAUUGCACCACCCGUCUUUGUGUUUCAGAAGGAUAAAGGACAAAAGUCCUCUGCAGAGCAAAAAGGCUUGUCGGAUUCGGGAGAGGAGCCUCAGGGGGAGGCUGAGUCCCCCCACCAUGGUAUGGGUCACACAGAGUCAGCUGGUGAGCAUGCCUUAGAGCUUCCCAAUCCCGCUAGUGCCUCAGCCAGCGCUUCUCCGCCUCCCACUUCUGAAGCCCAGCCUACUUCUAUUCAACAAGAACUGGCAGGGGACAGAAGCCUUCCAAGUCUACAAUCUCAUGCUGGAUUAGAGAUUACAUCUGAGUCAUAUUCGGCUACAGGGACUAAUCUACCUCAGAGAAUCUGGCCUCAUUCAGCCAGGGCUACGACUGGUUCCUGGGCAGAGAAAGCUCUGACUCCAACAGAAGAAACUUGUAAGAGAUCAGCUGAUGGUUCAAGUCCAGAAGAUGGAGAAGAUUCUGACCGAGAAGAUGGAAAUUAUUGUCCUCCUGUGAAACGGGAAAGGACUUCUUCAUUAACUCAGUUUCCUCCAUCACAGUCAGUAUCAAAAAACAAUGUUUUUAUGCCAUCAACCUUCUGUGAACCAUCUGCAGGCAAUUCUGACUCAGAACCAGAGGAAAAGAGCAGUGGAUUCCGACUGAAGCCUCCCACACUUAUCCAUGGUCAGGCACCCAGUGCAGGUCUACCAAGCCAGAAACCUAAGGAACAGCAGCGAAGUGUGCUACGCCCAGCAGUAUUACAAGCUCCCCCGCCAAAGGCACUCCCACAAACAGUUCCUAAUAGUGGCACCAAUGGUGUUAAUGUAUCCUCAGACUGUCUAGGAGCAGCCACAUCUGAACCAAUCAAUAAUAGUGCACUGAGGAGUUCCUCUGAGUCUGCUGACAAGGAGAAAGAGCCCCAGAAAAAUGAGUCUAGCAAUACUUCCGAGGAUGAGACCUGUGAGAGAAAAAAGCAAAUUGCACAGCAAGCAUUUGUAUUUGGGCAAAACUUGAGGGACAGAGUUAAGCUAGGACACGAAAAUGCCGAAACAACUGAUGUACCGAAUGCAGGGCAUCCAAGCUCUGACACGCCACCUGCAACAAACUAUUUCCUACAGUACAUCAGCUCCAGUUUAGAGAACUCAACAAAUAAUGCCGAUGCCUCCAGCAACAAAUUUGUGUUUGGACAGAAUAUGAGUGAAAGGGUAUUGAGUCCACCAAAAUCUACUGAAUCUAGUAUAGAUGCCAGCAAGGACAGCAUUGCUGCUGAAUCUGGCUCAGAAUCCUCCUCCCUCGAAGCAACACCUGAAAAAGCUAAUAAUGUUUCAGAAUCACUGGCAGAGUCAGCAGCUGCCUACACCAAGGCCACAGCCAAGAAGUGUUUACUAGAAAAGGUGGAAGUGAUCACCGGGGAAGAGGCAGAGAGCAAUGUGUUACAGAUCCAGUGCAAGUUGUUUGUGUUUGAUAAAACAUCACAGUCUUGGGUGGAAAGAGGCAGAGGACUACUCAGACUUAAUGACAUGGCAUCAACAGAUGAUGGGACAUUACAGUCCCGACUAGUCAUGCGGACCCAGGGAAGCCUGCGGCUCAUCCUUAACACCAAACUGUGGGCACAGAUGCAGAUCGAUAAAGCCAGUGAGAAGAGUAUCCGAAUCACAGCCAUGGACACUGAGGAUCAAGGAGUCAAAGUGUUCCUCAUCUCAGCCAGCUCCAAAGACACAGGGCAGCUGUAUGCAGCGCUGCAUCAUCGGAUCUUGGCACUGCGAAGCAGGAUAGAGCAAGAACAGGAGACCAAACUCCCAGCUCCAGAACCAGAAGUGACCCAGUCCAAUGAGGAAGACAGUGAUGAUGAUGUUCUGGCUCCUUCGGCAUCUACUGGUGGGGGCACCGGUGAUGAAGGGGAUGGGCAGAUAGUCGGGAGCACAUAGCAGCUGGAAGCUCAUCUGCUUGCAAGGCUGCUGCUUAUCCACCCCCCUCCCCGGCAGGCGCCGCGAUCGUUCCAGGCAGUGUUGGCGGCUCCAGGACUUAGGAACCACGCAUCCCUGUUCUGUUUGUUCGUUUCUUUGGUCUGGAUCAGUAGAUUCCACACAAAGCAGACUCAGAAAACUGCCUGAAUGUGGUUUGGGACAUGAAAGCUCAUCAUAUUGAUGAGCAGAAAAAUAACCUUCCUUCCCCCUCUUUUCAUUGAAAUGGCACAUUGACUUGUCAUACACAGCCCCUCCUCGGGACCUGAGGAUUCUGUUUCUUCAGUAGCUCACGUGGCACCGGCCUCCAGAAACUCAUUUUGCAGCAACCCCAGGGCUUUAGCCAUAGCUCUUGGGUCUGUCUGUCCUCCUCCCAUUGUUACCACCUGACUCUCGGAGUCCCUGCCCAUCUGCAGGGAAGCAACACUGAGCAAUUUCUAUUCCCCUGAAUCACCACCCUCAAACUGCUCCACCUCCCAAGUUUGGGCUCCUUAGAGAAUGGACAGGCUGAGUAUUUUGCAUUUUGUCCAUCUCACCACAAGGGCAAUCCAGCCAGCCUCAGGGCCCCACUCUUUCCAUUGGCCCCUGUUGUCCAGGUCCAAGCCCCCAGGCAGCAUUGAAAGGCCCAGUGGGUGUUUCACUAACUCCUCCGCCUGUGUCCAAUAUUGUUUUGGGGGGGUUCUAUUGUGCUGAUCCUUUUUUUUAAAAGGUUUAUUUUUUUUUGUUGGUUUUGAAUUUUAUUUUAUUUUUUUUUAGUUUUUAAUAAGAUGAUCUUGUGUGUUGAGAAAGUGAAGCUCUAUUGUUUUGUACUUUUCUGUUACUAUUUAAGGGAGAGCUAAGCCACUCUAUAUAAUAGGUGUUAUAUGCCAUUUGCUUAGUCAGUUUUGUUCUGGCCAGGUGCAUGCUCACAGAUAGAUUCCCCUAGGUUGCCCAGUAACAACAGCUAGUGGGGAAUACCUGUUAGCCUCCCAAAAGUAAUUGGCCUUCCCCACAGUGGGGCCAGUCAUGGAGCUAGUGUCUUUCAAGUUGUAUUUUUUUUUCUUUUCCCCCUUCCUUUGAUAUUUUGAUACAGUGACUUCUUUUCCUCUGCUAAUUCCUAUUUGCAUGAACACCACCAUGGGAGCAGCUGAGAUUAGGAUGCUAAAGAGGCUGGGCUCCCUCCCAGUUCACCAACCAGAGGGGAAAAGUACUGUUUCUCCAGCUUAGUCUUCCGAUAUGGGCAGGAUGAAGGGAGGUGAAUUGCUCAGCCCUGGCCUGUUCACUCCACCCCAUGCCAUAUCAGCUUCACGUGUCCUUCCAACUUCCAACCUAUGGCGCAAACUAGAGAUAAUCCCCAUCCUCACUUUGCCAGGAGAGAACAGCUACCCUGUUGACCAGCAUCAAGAAAGAGUUUGGCUUACAGGACAGAAUCCUGGUAAUGUCCCUGGACUUUAGAGACAGUUAUAAGUAAAUCUGUGAUUCCUUUUAACACAACUGGAUUUGACUUGGGUUCUUGGUGCCCACCACAAAUAGGACAGUUUUCCUGGUCCUUCUCACAGCAGUGGGAACUGAAAUCCCUUCCAUCUAGGGUUUUCUUUUGCUUUUGACUACUCUCAUCAUGAGACUGUUAUUAGCAAUUUCUCUCGGAGGAUAACAUCCCAGCGGUGCCAUCAGACCUGGGCUGCUGACAAAUAACUUUGUCAUGAUCUUCUGGGCUUGUUCCUUUCCCCCCUUCUCUCUCCCAGUGCUGCCUUGAUAUCAGGACAUUUACACAUGUUUUCAGAUUAGUUAAAGCCCCUCUUGGAUGACAAAACUCACAAGUCCAGAGUCCUCAGGCUCUGCAGGUGAGCUUGGUGCUGUUUCUUCACCCUCCCUAACCUUAAUGAUCUCACACUGAAUUGGCCAAAACCCACAGAGAAAAUGGGAUCAUCAGGUCUUGGGUUGCGUUGGAAAGCCACUCCCACACAGAUCUCAGCCACUGUUCUGGUCAUUCUUCAAACUUGUCCGCUGCUAAGUGGGAAUAUAGAGUUUCAUGGAGAGGCCUUGCGGAGUUCUUUCUGCAUAGUGAAGGGACAGAUUCCACUUCAGCCCAUACAAGAAACUUUUUGUGAAUUUGGCCCAGAACUAUCUUGAAGCCCCAUCCAAUGAGACACAUAGGCCAGAGCUAAACUUUUAUUACAUACACUUCCCGCUUUCAGCCUUAGAAAACUAGUGACAGGUAAAACCAGAUAAUGCCCAUGUGUUUUGGAAGAAUUUAUGUAAGAUUGUCAUAUGAAAUGUAUUUGGGAAUUACAUUAAAACUUUUAACAAAAA